AGUGUUUCUUAGCAUAGCCACAUCGCCUUGCCGGAUGGCAGUUCAGUGCUUGCCGCAGUGAGCGCGGUGAGCGGUUUUCGCCGCUGUCUGGGUGCCAGAGGGAGGCCGAUGCGCUGCAUGCGUGUCCCGCUCUUGAGAUGUCAACGCGCGCACAUUUUGGCGGUCUGGGAUCGCGGCACUAUGGCAGCAGUAAUUUGGGAAGGCGCAAGGCCACAAGUGCAAGGCGACCGAGACAAGUGCAGAGGGCUCAAAAUGAAGAGGGCUUCUUCAAUACUGGCCUGACCUUGCAAGUGGUAUCUGUGGCCACGAUUCGUGCAUGGCUGGCCUUCCAAGUUGUGUCCCUCGUACUUCAGUACAAUUUUUGGCGAGAGGUUGGAGGCAACCUGGCGCUAUUCGAUGACACUCUGAGUGUUCACUGUGCUCCUGAGCGUUCGAAACAUGGGGUGUGCAUUGGGCCGCUCUGGAACGUUUCUACCUGGGAAGAGUUUGUGCUUCAAGGCAGGAUGGCAACUCCUUUGCCCGCGGUGGAGCUGAAGCCGAGACCGCACGUGCUUGGAGGGUUUGGUUCAAUAGAGGCGAUCGAUACAGAGAUUGCGCAGCUGGAGAGGGAGACCGCUUUGCGGCUCAAGCAGCUGCGCGAGAGACGGGCUGAGCUGCAAAUGGCUCAAGGAUUGGUUCCCCUGGGGAACCAAAGUCGCGCGUUCAACGCCUCCUACAUCUUCCAGUUUGAGACGCGGUCGUCUCCGCCGGUCUUCCUGGUGUCGCUGCAUUGCGUGGCGAAGGCUCGGCAUGCGGGCGAGGAGCCGCCCACUGUGGCGCCCAGCGCGGUGGAUGAGCUGGACGACGGUCAGCACUGGUCGCUGGAGGUGAGACGUCUAGAGCCAGAAUCCACCGUGCCGCAUUUCCAGCGCCAGGGCUUUGGCACGCGGAUCGUGACGGUGGAGGACCUCUCGGAGGAAGCCCUGGGCGCGGUGCGCUCCCGGGGCCGCGUGCGCUGGGAGGCCGUGGUGCGCAACGUCGAGAUGUCGCAACGGCGCGCGCGGUUCGUGGCCUUUGUGGAGGACUUCCAAGCGCCGCACCUGGAAAAGAUCUACUCCUCCCAGUGCUCGUUGACGGCAGCCUGGAAGGCCUUCAACCAGCAACACCAAGGGCAUCACCAUCGCGCUUUGGCCCUCUGCCGGGACUUGCUCGGUUGGCUGCUGCCGCUGGCAGCUUUGGCUACGUGGGCUGUCUACGCGAACGCGUUGCGGACGCGAAAGGAGAGAGAGGAUUUGGAGCUUCCUGCCAGUGCAGAGGUGCUUGAAGCCGCAGUCGCGCAAGCUAGGCUGCAUGUGCUGGGUGUCGACACAGUCUUGACAAAUUCUGCUGUGGAGGUGUGUGAGAAUGCUGGCGACGUGGAUGUGGGACAUCGUUGCCUCGGUGGAUAUGAGUUUCAAGCCGUCGUGUGCAUCAAGCUGAUAGUCAUGGACAUUCCGCAGCAGAUCUGCAUUGUCCUCUACCUCCUUGGCUGGUAUGAGCUUGAGGGCCUGCGUUGCCAACUCUGCUUGUUUCAUCCUGCACACUGCGAAGAUGAACACCCGUUCAGGUUGGUCAACUCAGCAGCAUUCGCUUGCACUCUGCUUUCGUCAGUGACCAAUCAGAUCAUUUUCGGCCCGCGAAAGGGCGAUGACGACGAGUGCUGCAGAUGGACCAUGAGGAUUGGAUUGAUUUGUGUGUCAGUCCUUCCGUUCACCACUGGCAUUUUCUGGGCAACCGCUGCGCUGCUAUCCUUGCCGGGCAUGGCAAAGGCUUUGGUCUUUGUGCCGUGCGUGAUUGGCUGGUUCUGCGUGCUCGCGGGCGUUCUCUCGUGCAUGAUUGCCUGCUGUGGGGAUAUGUAGCUGAGCCCUGUUGAGAAACUGGUCCGGGCAUUGUGGCUGUGAU